AAUUCCCGCGCUGAAAGCCGGAACGCCAGGCCUCCGGGCGUCGCCGCCGGCCCGGAGCUCCGUGCAGGUAGCACGGCCCAGUCAGGACCACAACUCCCGACGUGCGCGGCGGCCAACGCGGGUUCUACCCCUUGCCUGUUGCUUUAUUCUUCCCCCUUUUGCGACGAAGACUGCUGUCCAGGAAGCGCGCAGUAGUGAUUCUAGUGAGGCCGUAAGCUCACCUGGCGACGCCAGGGCUGUGAACGGCUCACGGAAUGUCUCUUUCUCCUGCUGAGCGCAGGCAUUGCGGAACCCACCGUCCCACUGGCCGCGUUUCCGGAGGACAUUAAUUGUGGCCGGACGCAGUGGCGCGGCUGUUUAAUUCUCCGGCGGCGGCAGGUUAAGGGGACGAGAUGGUCCCGGCGGGGCUCAUCAGGAAACUCGGUCAUCAGCUGGCCGAGAUCAGGGAGCGCGCUCUCAAGAGUAUUCUCUGCAAGAUUGAGCACAACUUAAUCUGCCACGCUGAUCUCAUUCAGGAGAGGCAACUUUUUCUUCAUCUGCUGGAAUGGUUCAAUUUCCCGUCCGUUCCAAUGAAGGAAGAGGUUCUCAACUUGUUAAGCAGAUUGGUUAAGUAUCCCCCAGCAGUCCAACAUUUGGUUGAUUUUGGUGCAGUGGAGUUCUUAUCUAAGCUUCGAUCUAACGUGGAGCCAAAUCUGCAGGCUGAAAUUGACGGCAUUCUGGAUGGACUUUUCAUUCUUCCUUCGGAAGUUCCUGCACUAUCUUCCGCCUCAUACCAAACCAAUCAAAUGGAAUUAUCAAAAAAUCCUGAAAUCUUAAAAGGAUAUUUUCCCCAAGAUAAAAGUAAUUACCAGCAGAUGGAAGUGCCGCCACGACCAGUGGUAAAUCAGACUGUGAAGUGUUUGAAGUUUUCUAUAUUUCCUUGGCUACCCCUGACCACCACAGAUAGACACGUUCUCUCCUCUAAUGAAAGCUCUUUAAGAAGUAGUAACCACACUUUAAUCUGGAACACCUGUGAACUACUGAAGGACGUUAUCAUGCAAGACUUUCCUGCUGAGAUUUUCCUUCAAAGGCCAAAAAUUGUUCAGAGCCUUUUAUCUCUGUUGAAACUGGCCUUUGGAGGAGAUGGGAAACAUCGCCUCGCAUUACAGUCAGUGUCCUGCCUGCAGCAGCUGUGCACAUAUUUAAGAAGCAGACUUCACUUUCACCGAGAUCCAGGUUUUUUCUCCAACAAACAGGACACAGUUUCCCAAAAUUCUUCUUUAUCUUACUGUCAUGAAGCAAGAGGUACUCAUCAUUCCCAGAAUCCUUCCCCAGGAAGCAGCAGCCCUCGGCCUUCAGUGGUUGGGCGCACAGGCCAGCGACCCAGAGGAGAUGGCCAGGAUUGGGAUGCAGUGUCCUCGAGUGGAAGUAGUAGUCAUGCUCACGUUAACUCUAGGAUAUCCGUUCAUUCACCUUUGGAUGUGGGACACAUAGAUCUGCCAGAGCUGGAAACUGAAGACACAUUGGAACUACAAUUCCAGCAGCUCAGUCUUCCCCAGUUUUGUGUCUCCAUUCUGGAAUCAGCUGUUCCUCUCUUAAGAACAGGUAGCAGACAAAUGAUAAUAAGAGUUCUGGAAUUGCUUGCAGUGGACAUGACACUUAUUGGUGAAGCAGUUUCAGCAGAUAUCUGGGAUGACAGCAGCCUUUUUGGUAUAGAUAUGAAAGAGAAACUGCUCCUGGUGUUGGGAGCCCUUGGAGAAACUAUGUGCUACCAUAAGAGUAGUGUCAGUUUGGAACAAUCAGAGGUGAUGCUUGUGCACCACAGAAUGGCCUUUAUCAGCAUUUCACUGUUUGCAGUUCGACUGUUGCAAGCGCUUCUCCCUGUUGAAAAGGCAAGCAAGUUUUUACCAGAGCCCAUGACAGCAGCGUUGUUUCUCCUUUCUUUGGACAUGCCUAUUUCUUUGGAAUAUCCAAAUAUUCAUGAAGCUGUUGUGGCCUAUUUGGAACAGCUGAAUUCUGAAAACUACAGUAUUUAUAAACAAACUGCAGAGGCCGUUUAUUCAAUUGAAUGCACCUGUAACUUCCUGUCUGAUAUUGAGAAGGAGGGAGAGAAGGAUCUCUUAGAAUUAGUGGAGCUGGCGGAUCAAUCCUUGCGUAGCUUUUCCUGUCAUCAGCAUUUCCCCCUAAUAAAGGAAAUCAUCAGCAUUUGUUCAAAGAUCUGGAAAUCUGCACAGGCCAGUCCAUUACUACAAGGAGAAAGUCAGAAGGUGCUUCUCCAUAUGUUGUCUCACCCGUUGCCACAAGUGAAAGUUGAAACUUACCACUGCUGUCUGGAAAUCACUAAGGAAUGUUUAGGUGUUCAGAAUGUCACUAAACCUGUGUCUUCACUUUGCAAUGGAAUUCAUUUUCUACUUCAUCCAAAAGUUCUGUAUGAAAUCUCCGUAUUUGGCAUUCAAGACCCCAAAAGUGAGGUGAACACUGCUGCCAAGGCCAUUCUGUUAUACCUGCUUCAGGGACGAUUGAUGAUGACAGCACUGACCUGGAACAAAUUUAUUGAAUCUCUCUGUCCUGUAAUUCCAGUGCUGCAGGGCUAUGCUGACACAGAAGAUCCUUUGGGUAACUGCAUUUUCCUUCUAAGCAAAGCAAGUUCUGACCCAGGAGAAGAGAUCCUUCCCUGUACUACCCGGUUAAGGUCCAUGCUGCGACUUUUGCUAGUGAAAAAGCCAUCGGUCCGUGCACAAGCAUUAAAGCUUUUAGCAUUCCAUCUUACCAGUGAAGAAGGGGCUGACACAAAGCGCCCUCUAAUAGAUGCCAGAGUUCUCUCCAGAGUUACUAAUUUAUUCAUUGUGAAGAAGCCUAUUGAACUCAAACUGGAUGACAGAAGAGAGCUGGUUAUUAAGUUGGAGACUGUUGAAAAAGUUUAUGAAAUCUUCAUCUCAGAUGAUGUUGAUCUUGUUUUGAGAAAGUCAGCUGCCGAACAGUUAGCUGUGAUUAUGCAAGAUAUUAAAAUGCAUGCUGUGGUGAAAAAGUUACGCUUAACUGACAAAAUAAUUGAGUAUUUAAAUGAAUGUGUGGGUCAAGAUGGCAAGGUUGUAGAAUGUUUGGUACAGCCAUGCCUGACACUCUUGAGGAAGCUUUUAUGUGGCGAUCCGGUCAUGCGUGUUUCCCUCUCACAACAGUCUUCUGUUUUGAUGCUGUUAUUCAGAGUUUCCUUAAUAUUUCACGAAGAUUGUACUGUCGUGACUGAAGUUGGAGCACUAUUUUGUCUUCUAUUAUUUGAUGAAGUAUCAAGAAUGGAUAUGUGGUCUGUUAAUCCUCCCAGUAAACCGUCUUUGCUAUCAGUCUUCAGUUUGCCUGUUUCAGUUUUUAGAAGGUAUCAUCUGCCUGUUCAUGUAAUCGGACAUCAUGCUGUGAGUCCUUACUCCAUAGUUUUGCCCUUAUCUUCUGAUUGUUUGGCCUUGAAGCCGGUGUCAGAUAUGCUGAGAAUGGCUUGGAACCUGUCAUGGUAUCAUGGGAGUGAUAAUCUGUUGAAACAAAUGAACUCUGAAACUAAAACACAAGAAUUUUUGGAUACAUUGAAGUUAUCCGCAGAGGACAUCCUCACUCUGAAGAUAACACACAUGGCUAGUGGGCUGCAGGACUGCCUCCAUUCCAUUGUUCAGGCUGCAACCCACAGAGAAGUUAGGGCUGCUGUCACUAGGAUGAGUUUUUAUCUUCUGAAUGACAGAUUGUCUUUAAAGGGUGGCCCUGGUUCGUGUGGGGCUACCUUGAAGUCCUUGGCUUGGCACACCGUGCUGAACAGGUUUUUACAAGUGCUUCCUGCUUCCACUGAAGAUGAGAAACUGCUAAUAGAUAUCAUACAUUUUUUAAAUAAAUUAAUAAAAGAACAAAGAAAAAAUUCUUCAUUGGAACUUCUAAACUGGAUUCUAGAAUUACUUCUUAGACAUAGUGCAAACCCACUGUUGGACCUCCUGGUUCUGACAGAGUCACAGGCACGAGAAGAGUCAGAUGAUAUCCGGACUGCUGUCAGGCAACAACUUCAGAAAGAACUGAUUGCUCUUUUUGAUACCUUGCUGCUCAAUUUCAUGGAUAUUACUGACAGGAAAUGCUUGGAACUUCUUUACGUUUUUCAAACACAGCUGGCUCUGAAACUGCUCCAGUGUCUGAAAGUGACGGAUGCGCCUCAUUUCUAUGGCCUGCCAUCCCUUGAGCGGACUUUACGAGGGAUGGCUAACCUCACUGCAUUUCCGGGAUGGAGCUCACAUUCUCCUCUCACAAAGCCUCUCGAUAUAUGUGUGAAGUAUUUGUCAGGGCUCCUUGAGGUCAUUACUUCCUUUUAUGUGGAGCGUGGAGGAAAUGCUAUGUCCUUCAUGGGAAAAGGUGUUACAAAGAGCACAAUUCUUUGCUUGCUUCACUUAUCCCAUGAGAUGAUGGCCCAGGCUGGGAGCUUGGAGUGGAUGUCACUUUGGUUCUUGCCUUUGGGUAGUCAUGGUGAAGAACAUAUUUCUACUCAACAAGGAUUGGCUUGGCUGAUUCCAUUAUGGGUUGAUCGGGACCCAGAGGUGAGAUUCACUUCACUGGGAUUAGGAUCAGCACUGACCACCCUUGAAACUGGCUGUGUGGCCUUGGCAAACAGUUGUCAGAACAUUUCUGGGGGGCUCUGGGGAACUGUGGUGAACAUUCUUCUGGACCAGUCUGAAUGUAGUAUGGUGCGCCGGGAGGCUGCAUUUAUUCUUCAGAAUCUCCUUGUAAUUCCAAUGCCUACAGAAAUUAUAAAGGAUUAUACUUGGCAGACCUCUACAUUUAAAAUAACGACAAUGUCCACCAUGUGCUGGCUGUUCCUUACGGGGCCCUGUGUCCAUGAUGAGGACUCUGGCCUGUCACUCAUUGGAAAACCUGCCCUUCAGGCUCUUUUAUAUCAUUGCCAUUUUUAUGAACAUUUGAAUCAGAUGGUAAAACAUUGUUACCUAGGGCGGUGUAUGUUUGAUUUGAAUUUUUCUGCUUUUGAUAGAAAUUCAGAAGGCAGUGAUUUAAAUGGUUUAGAUGACUCAUUCAAGUUUUGGAGGCCUCCAUCUAGGAUAUCCAGUGAGGAUCCAGAUCCAAGUUCUCUCUCCACCUCAGAAACAACGGUGGCACCUUCGUCGGAGAGUGCUGAAUUUCAGCCACUUGUGCAGUCAACAACACUUCUACCUGAAGCCUCCCAUGACCAGUUUGUGGCUCAAGGUCACCAGGAAAGUACAUCACCACGGCCACCUCAAGAUUCAUCUCUUUCUGCUCCCCUGCCCAAACUGUGUGUUUUUGUUACUCCAUCUCUUCUUUCAGCAAUGUGCAGCCUCUUGGACAACCUCUUGAUGACUGCUCCCAGAGACACUGCAAAGGCUGUUCGACAAGCUCAUCUCAUCGAACUUCUUUGUAGCAUUGCAGAUGCUGCCCUCAUACAGACAUGUGUCCGGGGACUCAGGGCCCUCCUGCCAUCAUCACCUCCAGCUGAGCACACUCAGGCUCAGGUUUCCUUUCUCCUGGAAUACCUAUCCUCUUUGUCCAGGCUUCUGCAGUCAUGUUUAUUGGUGGAGCCUGACCUUGUGAUUCAAGAUGAGCUUAUGAAACCUCUUAUCACUAAUAUCAUUGGAAUUCUCACCAUAUGCACCAAACAUGUAUUAGAUAGAGAGUUAAUAUCAGCUUUUUAUCUCACAUGGACACAUUUAUUUAAUCUUCUGGCCACACUCCUGAGGAAGACUGGUGCCAUCGCACUCCCGUCUAUUACUAUGGCCCUGGCCAAGCACUGGACAGCAAUGAUUGAUACGUUCUGCAAAUGUGCAAGCUUGUCCACCACGUGUCCUGCACUGUAUACUGCCAGCUUGCAAUUCCUUUCUGUUCUCUUGACUGAAGAAGCAAAAGAACAUCUCCAGGAUAAGAGCAAAACAAGUUUAUGCCAUAGUCCAACAAUGGCUUCACUUCUUGAUAAGUCUCAGGAAAAUCAGAACUCUCAACGACUUAGUGAUGUAAUUCUUCAGUGCUAUGAAGAAAAAUCCUCCAAAGAUAUCCUGAAAAGAGUAGCUGCAAAUGCACUGAUGUCACUUCUGGCUGUCAGUAGAAGAGCGCAGAAACGUGCUUUGGAAGCCAAUCUUAUAGACAACUGCAUGGAGCAGAUGAAACACAUAAAUGCACAACUGAAUCUAGAUUCUCUGAGGCCUGGGAAAGCAGCACUGAAAAAAAAGGAGGAUGGUGUUAUUAAAGAGUUAAGCAUUGCCAUGCAGCUCCUAAGAAACUGUCUUUAUCAAAAUGAAGAAUGUAAAGAAGCAGCUCUUGAAGCUCACCUUGUCCCUGUCUUGCACUCUCUCUGGCCUUGGAUUUUGAUGGAUGAUUCAUUGAUGCAAAUUUCUCUGCAGCUUCUUUGCGUCUAUACUGCAAAUUUUCCAAAUGGUUGCAGUUCUCUUUGUUGGUCAAGUUGUGGACAGCACCCUGGUCAAGCAGCACACAGAGGAGCCCUGGGCAACUCUCUGAUGCUGUGUGUCCUAAAGUUGGCUUCCCAGAUGCCAAUGGAGAACACCACAGUUCAGCAGAUGGUUUUUAUGCUUCUUUCAAACCUGGCCUUGUCUCACGACUGUAAAGGAGUAAUUCAGAAGAGUAACUUCUUGCAGAACUUCCUCUCUCUAACAUUGCCAAAAGGAGGAAAUAAACAUCUCAGUAAUCUGACAAUUCUUUGGUUGAAGUUACUCGUGAAUAUAUCAUUUGGAGAAGACGGGCAACAAAUGAUUCUGAGGCUUCAUGGCUGUCUAGACUUACUAACAGAGAUGAGCAAAUACAAGCAUAAGAGCAGCCCUUUACUGCCUCUUCUUAUCUUUCAUAAUAUUUGCUUCAGUCCUGCUAAUAAACCCAAGAUCCUGGCUAAUGAAAAAGUCAUCACUGUGCUAGCUGCCUGUCUGGAAAGUGAGAAUCAAAAUGCUCAGAGGAUUGGAGCAGCUGCGCUUUGGGCUCUGAUUUACAAUCAUCAGAAGGCAAAAGCAGCUUUGAAAAGUCCAUUAGUAAAAAGAAAAGUGGAUGAAGCAUAUUCCUUAGCAAAGAAAACUUUCCCAAAUUCAGAAGAAAACCCUCUAAAUGCCUAUUAUUUGAAAUGUCUUGAAAACCUCGUGCAGCUUCUUAACUCUUCCUGAAUGCCCUGCGAUGCUACACCUUGAAACUGACAGCCACCAACCUGGGAGCUAAAGUUGAAGCCAGCUGUGUGUAGCAGCUGUUACCUGAAGACAUGCUACCUCUCUACAAAGGGUCGAUCCUCCUCUUUCCCAUGAGAGAGAGAACUGGUGACACUCCAGCACUAUCCAGUCAUGGCAGCUCUCCAGAAGUAAUAGCAGCUGACAGCUUCCCAUGCCUUUUCCUUUCUGUCGAAAAGGCAUAGAAAGCUCUGGGAACAUAAACAUUUUUACCCUUUUCUAUGCCAUUUAUUUUGUAAAAAUCCUAUUUAACAGUUAUUUAAUAAAACAAUAUUUUUAGAAACU